UGCCCUCCUUCUUCAUCAAACACUCGGCUAUUUCAUACCGAUAAACCCAUAGAACGGAGUACUCUCUCUCUCUCUCCUCCAACUCCAUCUGGGCUGAAUUCUGUGUCCAAAUUAAAGAUGUGGCGAGUACCAUACCGGAAGGUUGAUUUGGAGGCGGGAGCGACGCCGCUGUACCCGACGAUGCUGGAGAGACCCGAGCUCCGGUGGUCCUUCAUUCGCAAGGUUUAUUCCAUAUUGACAUUUCAGUUGCUGUUCACUGUUGCAGUUUCUGCCGUCGUUGUCAAAGUCCGCCCUGUCGCGCUCUUCUUCGCCACCACUCCCGACGGCCUGGCUCUCUACAUCUUACUCCUUUGCACGCCCUUCAUUUUGUUGUACCCGUUGUCCUACUAUCACCACAAACACCCGGUGAACUACUUUCUCCUUGGGCUGUUUACUGUUUGCGUUUCUUUCGCAAUCGGAUUGACUUCUGCUUUUACCGACGGGAGGGUAAUUCUCGAAGCAGUGAUCCUAACAGCCGGGGUGGCCGUUGGUCUCACUUUGUACACGUUCUGGGCCGCCAAGAGAGGCUACGACUUCAAUUUUCUAGGGCCCUUCUUGUCCGGUGCCAUUUUCGUGGUUAUUCUCUUUUGUCUCCUUCAGAUUUUCCUUCCCCUGGGUAAGAUCUCAGUUAUGGUCUAUGGAUUUAUAGCAGCGAUUGUGUUCUGCGGGUAUAUCAUAUACGACACAGACAACCUGAUUAAGCGUUACUCGUACGAUGAAUACAUUUGGGCUUCGGUGGCGCUGUAUCUAGAUAUCAUCAACCUCUUCCUGUCAUUGUUGACCAUUUUCAGAGCCGCGGAUCGUUAGGACACCUCGAUUUCGCCCAUUUCCCCACGAUUUUCUUGUAAACUAUCUUCCCCUCUCUUAUGUACGUAAAAGGAGUGAAAUUUGCAAGUUCUGUUGCUUUAUAUACAAUGGUGAACAGCUGACUGAAGGGAAUGUUUUGGUACUGUUAAAUGAAGUUUCAAGUUCAAUACUUUACGUUUUCUCCUCCUCUCUGUUAGUUCUUCUUCCAUCUAAUUUUACUUUUGCUGAGAUUUGCCCCACAUGUAGAG